GUCGCCAGCCUUUUAAAACGAUCCUCGCCGCCUCGCCCGCCCCCCAGUCGUCCAAGCCGCGCGCCAUCUGGUUACCCCGACCGAGAGCAGAGCGGAGCGAGCCGCGGGCGCCCAUGCGCCUUCCCGCCGCUCUCUCCGCUGGAUGGACCCCGACGCCCCCUUCGGAGAACCCCGGAGGAGCUUGGAUGAGGUGCCCGCCAAGAGCAUGGACAGCUUGCUGAGCUCGCCGACGGCCUUCCCGGGCGGCGGCCACUGCAGGAACGUGGCCCUGGGCGGCCUCAGCCCGACGAUGCACGGCUCCGCGUACCCCGCUCCGGCCCUGGACGGCCCUCCUUCCUCCGGCCCCGGAGACGCGUCGACAAAGCAAUGCAUUCCGUGCCCGGCCAUCCCGCAGGCAUCCUCGACGACCAGCGCCUCGCCCUUCUCCUGCGGAUAUUUCGGCGGUGCCUACUGCUCGUACCGAGUGGCCCGCGGUUCCCUCAAGCCGUGCCCCGCGCCGCCUCAGCCCGGCUACCCGACGGCAGCGGAGAAGUACCUGGACGUCUGCAGCUCGGCGCCCGCCGCCGCCGCUCCCGAGGAAUACCAGACGCGCCCAGCCGAGUUCGCCUUCUACCCGGGUUACGCGGCGGGGCCUUACCAGCCGAUGGCGAGCUACCUGGACGUUUCGGUAGUGCAGACCAUCGGAGGGCCUCCUGGCGACGCCAGGCACGAAGCGCUCCUGCCAGUGGACCCUUACCACGAACCCUGGGCCUUGGCCGGGGGAUGGAACAACCAAAUGUGUUGUUCAAAAGAUCAAAGCCCAGCAGGACACUUUUGGAAAACUGCUUUCGCAGAAGCUGUAGGCCAGCACCCUCCCGAGGGGUGUACCUUCCGCCGGGGGCGCAAGAAGAGGAUCCCGUACAGCAAAGGGCAGCUGAAAGAGCUGGAGAAGGAAUACUCCAACAGCAAGUUCAUCACCAAGGACAAGAGGAGAAAGAUCUCCGCCGCCACCAACCUCACCGAGAGACAGAUCACCAUUUGGUUCCAGAACCGCAGGGUCAAAGAGAAGAAGGUCGUGGCCAAGGUCAAAGGCACCAGUGCGCCGGCGUCGGCGCCUGCCACCACCAACAGCAGCAGCGCCGGCAGCACCAGCAGCACCCCGUGAGACGCAGGGACAGACUCUCGGAGGAGGAAUCAAUGGAAAGGCGGCGGGAAAGAAGCUCCCCCCGCGAGGAAGAGAGGGGGAAAUUAACGCAGGCUUCUCUGCUGCCUCCCCAAGGCCUUGCGGGAACAGGAGUUGGAGGGGGGAAGGAGGCCGCGGGCGGAGGAGGAGGAGGAGAAGGGAGGAGGAAACGAGAGCAGAAUUACGCACGUGGACGCUUCAAUGGCUUCUCCGCUCUCCAGCCUCCCGCCGUCUCCAUUCUCCACCUCGGUGGAAGCCAACGAAAUUCGCUUAGCGCUGGCGUGGCCGGCGGCGUCUCCUAGCCUCUCUCCUUU